UUUUUUGGAGUCUUCACAUCCUCCACAAGGAUUUUCUCCCUAACCUCAAACAUAACUCCUUUUACUAGAAACUUUCCCAUUAUGGUUUUGGGUAACAACAACUCCGACCAUCCCUCGUAUUUGAAUGAGGAUUUCUUUAAGGCCGCCUUAGAGGUUGGUUUACAUGAUCAAUGUAUUGAUAUAAAGAAAAUCGAAUUUGGUGAAUCAAGUGGCAGUGGUGAAAAUUAUUGCAGUAAAAUUUAUCGUGCCAAGGCAUUGUAUCGCUGUAGCAAACGUCAACUGGAUGAGGAGCUAGCAUUGAUUGUUAAAAGUAUUGUGAUUACACCGGCUACGAAAUUUCUUGAAGAUUUGGCAGUCUAUUUGCGUGAGAAAAUAUUCUAUUUCGAGGUAUUGGAUAAGCUGGAGAUGCUGAUAGGACAAGGCACGAAAUUUGGAGCAAAAUGUUUCUAUACCACUCGUGAACCAAUGCAAACCAUAGUUUUCGAUGAUCUAACCCAAUAUGGCUUCAAGCUAGCCUGUCGACAAAAUGGCCUAAAUGAAGAACAUUGUGUGGUGAUUCUACAAAAGUUGGCCAAAUUCCAUGCUGCUUCCAUGGUUUUACUGGAAAAGGAUCCCUCAUCAAAGGAACAUUUCCAAACGGGCAUGUUAGAUGAAACCUAUAUAAGAACCAAUGAACGAUUUGUAGACUUUAUGAGUCUACAGCUAAGAACCUUGGCAGAAUUGGCAGCUACAUGGGAAGGUUAUGAAGAUAUAGCCGAAAAACUUCAUAGACAUUGUGAUAACUUAACAGAGAAUCUUGUAAGGACCGGAAAACCAAAAGAGGGAGAAAUUACGGUGCUAAAUCAUGGUGAUUUUUGGGUGAAUAAUUUUAUGUUUAAAUAUAAGGCUGGAGACAACCAAAUACCUAUGGAUGCCAUAUUUGUGGAUUUUCAAAACAGUUUCUUUGGCAGCCCUGGCUGUGAUAUUAACUUCUUUCUCAAUAGCAGCGUUCAAUUGGAUGUUCUUAUGAAUCGUCGGGACUUUCUUAUUGAAUGUUAUUUUCAUACCUUGUGUGAUUCUUUAAAAGGCAUGAAAUAUUCUAAAAUACCUUCGCUGAAGGAUAUUAGGCAUGAAAUAACUUCACGAGAAUUGUAUGGCUUUUUCUCCUCCUAUUCGUUUCUACCCAUGGUUGCCAUGACAAAAGAAGAUUCGGCUGACACCAAUUUAGAGACAUUGGCUGACAAGGAAUUUGCUCGCAAAAAGGUGAAAAUUAUGUUUACCUCAAAUCCACGCACCGGGAAUACAUUGAAGUUUGUGUUGAAACGUUUCGAUAAGUUGGGAAUUUUCGAUUGAUGGUUAUUUUUUAUUUUGUAUAAGUUUAUUGUAAUUUUAAAAUUGAUAAAUUUCUUAAAUAAAAUAUCUCAGUUUGUGCUUAAUGAA